AAAAAAUCAUAGACCAUGGCUGUGUAUUUUUAACAAACUCAACAUUGAUCAAACUCGUGUUUAGUGCGCAAGGAUUUGUUAUUAAAUACACAUACAACAACAUUAAAUACCCUUUACAUUUUAGGAAACUUCAUAUUUCAUAUAAUUGUUGAAAUAGUAUGAAGUAAUCAUAACAUAAUGAGACGAGGUCAUGCAGGCAUUGGUGGUUGGCGAAAUGAAAAUCCAAGAAAUUUUAAGCCAAGAGGCGGUGCAGUGCCUCCAUUUAGACCGAGUAGAGGCUACCCUAUACAGGAAUCAUCAAGAUAUCCUCAACUAGGACCAAGACUACCUCGAGGUACUUUCACCGGUCGUCCUAGUCUGCUUGAUAAUCCAUCGCCACAGAAACCUCAUGAUUUUCAUGAGAGAAAUAAAUAUAGACAUGAUUCUCGACCAAGUUAUCAAUACCGACACCAAGACAGAAAUCCUCAUCAAGGAGCGAGAUCUAUAUAUCCAAUUCUUGAUCGCAUGCGACAUGAAUCUAAAGAUCAAAGCAAAAAUCAAGAGAAAAUGUAUUAUGACAAACCUAGCAAUGAUAACUAUCACCUAAAUAGUAUGGGCGAUAUUGAUGAUAGACAAAUCAAUUACAUAAAUAAUCAAGAUCAAUAUGGCCGCCAUCCUAUAUCACCUUGGAUUAAUCCACAUGAUAAUAGAAGGCAGCACUUUGAUGACAGAAAUAUUAAUCAAUCUUACAGGCAUGAGAAUCCAGACAGUAAUAAAAUUCCUGUAUUGGAAUACUCUGGUCAUAGACCUCCAUCUUCGGAUCAUUAUGGUGGUAAUCCAAGCUCUACUCUAGAUAAUUCCAAUAGCUUUAGUAGAUCAGUGGAUGACACUGUUGAUAUUAUACGUAGAAGAUUACAAAAUCGAAAUGAAAUUCCACCAAAUGAAACUUCUGAAGGUCAAAGUGGUGGCAACCAAGAUAUAGAUGAUAGGGUACCUCCUUCAAUGGUUAGUAAUCAUCAAAAUGUUCCACAAAGCCAACCUGUACGGAAAAGAAUACAGAGGCAAAAGCAGAAUAUAGAAGCAAAUUGUGACAAAAUGAAAAACAAAAUUGUACAUGAGCUUUUUAAAAUGGACAAAGACAAAAUUCAUAAAUUAAUGGACAAUCCUAAAUCGUCUUCGAAAUUUGAGUAUGCUCUCAGUAGUUUUAUAACAGAGUCACAAAAUAGUUUAAACAGACACUUAAGGUCAGUAGCUGAAAAGUCUUUAUAUACUUCUGAAGAUUUUGUUCAUAAUGACAAUAAUACUAUUUAUGAGGACACAUUUAUGAAACAAAUGCAAGGUGUUUUAGACCCUCAAGAUACUAUAUUACUUGAAGAUAUAAAACCACUUGUUUUAGCUGAGCUAAGUAAAGUUUUGCAAUUAAACGAGUAUGAUCAACCAUUCCAGAUGGUGGAACAACCAGAAAUAUGUGAAACAAAUAAUGAAAAGUAUGAUCCAACUAUUUAUGGAAAUAAUUCCCAAGAUUACUAUGACCAAAUCAAUUCACCACAAAAUGUAUAUGAAACAUUUGACAAUGAUCAUUUUGUUGAUGAUUUUUAUAAUUUUGAAUAUACAUCAUUAGAACCAGGUAAAUCAGAGCCUCUCUUUGAAAGACGGCCUACCAAGAAAAACGUUGAGCGCUUAGAAUCAAGACUCAGUACCGAAUCUCAAAAAUCGUUAAGGACAAGCUUUGAAGGGACAAGUUCAAAACAAAAUUGUCCAGUUUCUGAAAAAAGGCGGCAUUCUAAUAACUUUGAUAAAAAACCAAGUGAGGAAAGAGAAACAUUACCACUUUUUGAUUCAAAUGCUGAACAAUUAUCAGAAGAAGACGACCCAUUUGCUGAAUUGGACAAGCAAUAUCAUGUUGCUGUUGAUCAUAAUUUUAUUGAAACAUAUGAUAUUUCCAGCCCACAACAAUCAACUUCCGAAGAACUCAUAAAAAAAAACAAUGCCAAAUCAUCAAGCAACUCGGAGACAGACAAUAUAAAGCAAGAGAUUGACAGUCAAUUACAUGAUAUUGCUCAAUCGCCUCUAAAGAGAGCUUUUAUAAGCACUAUGAAAGACAAAAGUGAAAAAAUUAAUAUGUCUCUAACUUCCUGCAGCUCUGGGCAAGAAAUUCAAGUUAAAAAAGAAUGUCAUACUGAUCAUAUUGAUCAAGGGACUCCACUUAACGUAAACAUCAAGCAAGAGUACAAUGUGAAUUCAAGUAAGGAAAAAGUAACCACAGAGAACAUUGAAAACAUAAACACACCAACAAAAAGUUUACCUUCAAAUGCACGAAAAAGAUCUAUAGAUCAGAAACCAUCUCACCGCAAAGAAAAGCGGAAGAAAAGUGAUAGUACUAUAGCCGAUCCUGGAAAACAAAAUUUGAAUAAGAAUAUAAUAAUUAAUGUUAAUGAUUGUAACUCUAGUGACACAGAAAAAUGUAAAGACGCAGCAAAAUCAAUUUUAAAUUUGUUUUUCUCAAAAGACAAUGAUCCCAAAGAAGUGCCUCAAGAAAAAAAUCAAAUUGAAUCCAUUGAAAACCCCUAUUCUGAGAAAUACGUCAAAAGAAAAGAAGCGCAAAAGAAAAAUGAAAAUGAAGGAGACAAGAAAAAAAGGCAGCGUUCAAUAUCCUCUAGUCAUUCCAUAGUGUGUCCAAAAGAGAAUUUGAAUAACAAUUCUCAAACAAUCAAAUCUGAAUCUAAAACAAAACUCCAAAGUAUUGAUAUGUUUUUAGAACAACCACGCAAAGUUACCCAGGUACACCAAGCUCAUAGAAAUACAAACACUCCAAUAAAAUCUAUAGAAAUCGUCAAACCCAAGACCCCCGUAAUAACUUUCAAUAAAAAAAUUACGAAAAAACACAUAUCAACACAAGUUUCGCGUAAAACACAAUCAAAAGAGACUCAAACAUUGGUUAAUCGAACUAAUAAUACAAAAUUUUCCCAAACUGAAAGAAAAAAUCUGAUUAGUAGGUCUGUCCAAACUGACCCAGUAAGGUUUGAGAAAUCAGGGAUUAAAGCUACUGAUACAUUCGAGAGAAUGAAACAGAUUGAUUUAGAAAUACAAGUUCUCUUACAAGAAAAGUUUAAACUGUACAACUCGAUAGAAUCCAGUGACCCAUGUCCCAGUAGAAUUGAAUCUCUAGGCAUGACUGUUGUAAAUGUAACACCUGAUGACGAAAUUAAAGAUAAUGAUGUAAAUGAAGUUGAAGUACUGUCAGGUGAUGAUAUUGUUGAAGAUUUCACAAGUAUUCCUGUGGAGGAACUUGAACAAAUAGCUUUAGAAACCAUACAAGAUGAGCAAAAAAAUAAAAAACAAAAUAAGAAAAAUAGGCGCCAGAAAAUUUUAGACGAAUCACGAGCUAGCUCCUCCAGCCCCACCACUCGAAGAAAUGCUAAGAAAACAAACACUCCUAACAUUUCUCUUUUGGAACAAAUUAUUACCGAUGAUAGGCCUUUAGAAGACAUAAUAUCGUUGGAUGAUUUAGAGACAACGCCUGUGAAGAGUAAAAAACAGAAGAAAGUACAAAGUGUACCAAAGAAAAAGCUUAAAAAAACAAAAGCAGCAAAACCCAGUAUCAGUGUAACUGAUUAUGAACUAAAAGAGUGUUAUGUCGUGUUAACGCGUGAUGAUUUGAGUGAGUAUUACAAACACCAGUCGGAAAGUGUUGAUUUAGAAGAUUACGACGAAAGUGCCCCCCUUUCUGUUGAAAUUAUUGAAGAAACUCCUAUAGAGGAUGUCAGUAUUAUUGUUGAAGAAACAGUUACGAAUGAUUUGCAAUUCGAUAUGCUAGACGUAUCAGAAGACAUAGUGAUAGGUGAUAACUGUGAAAUCAAGUCAAAUGAAGACAAAGAUAUGGAGAGACCUUCUGUGGUGAUUACUGAAGAGAUAAUUUUGGAUAACAGCCAGUCGCACGAGCUCUCGCAAAGUGAAAUUAACCUGCCGGACAAUAUUUGCAAGAUGUAUGAUUAUUCUACUGACGAGAACUUACGACGUGACACAGUCGUUGUAUCUGGGCAUGCAGAUGCUGUACUAGCAAUUGAAUGCGUCGAGAAUAAUUUCAUAGCAGCUUGUUUAGACGGAAAUGUUUACCACUUCGGUGCUGACGGCCAACUCAUCACCACCCUGCGAGGCUCCAACUUGGCGGUCACUUGCCUCACUAUUGUCAAGGAGAAGUACGGAACCACAGUAUACACAGGCUCUCUAGACUCCAGGAUAAGAUACUACGAUUUAGAUACGGGUUUGGAGAAAGGGCCGGAGUGCAAUGUUCUUAGUCCAAUACAAACGAUGGAUCGUGCCUGGGAUACAAUAUUUGUUGGUACAAGGACAGGAUUCGUAUUGCAGUUCGAGUGCAAGAACAAUAUGUUGAUACCAGUUAGCACCGUGAAAUUCUCGGAGCAAUCAAUACUGGCCCUUCGUGCCAUGAAAGAAGGUCCUCGGAAAGUUUUACUCGUGGCAGCUAGAUCCGAAGACGUUACCAUUAAGGAUGCCCAGACCGGUCUACUUCUACGGACCCUCGUCGGGCCCAAGAUGACAGUUUAUACACUGUUGUACGAAGACGGCAAGAUAUAUUGUGGAACUAGCAGCCAUCAAAUACACGUAUUUGAUUAUGCUUCCGGGUGCCACAUUGGCGCGCACGAGGGGGGUAAAGGCGCGGUUUGCCUCCGAGCGGCGGGCGGGCUCAUAUUUGCGGGCUGCUACGAUGGCUGCGUGUAUGUGUACCGGGAUAGCGGGCCUCGGCCGCUGGCACAGCUGCGGGGCCCGGGGCUGAUGCUGCUCUCCCUGGCCGUCGUCGAUACUAGGAUUAUUGCUGGAUACAAAGAUAGAAGUUUGUACAUAUGGAAGAUUCCAUUAGGCAUACAACAAGAGAUGAUUUUAUGAAUUUCUACCUAGGCGUUGUAGAUGAAAUCUCACCUUAUAUUUAGUUAUGGGUGUAUUCAUAUUUUUUUCUAGUUUGUACCUUGUAUAUAAUAAAGUACCAAUAAAAUAAAGGUCUAACUUGAUAACUGUUA